UCGCGCUCGUAGGACAGAAGAGCGCUCGGACUCUCGGAUGGAGAGCUGAGAGGAGGAGAGAUACAGAGAGAUAGAGAGUGAUAGACUGAUAGACUGAUUGCAAGUUCCACCUGAGUUAUCAGUCGAUUUUGGAGGAUUUUCUUUCAAAAAGAAGAUUUUGAUUCUAGAAGAGCGAGUUGUGAGAUAAACCGAUCACGAUGAUGACCAAACCAUAUGGGAAGUCCGGAGACAUGACCGAACUGGUCAGCUCCUUGGGCUGGAUUGAGGAGGACCUGAGCUCUCAAGAUGGGGACCAGACCCCUGAAAUGGAAGGUCGCUACAACCCGAACAGGGGAAGCCGUGGCCCCGUUGAUCUCGGCAGUGAAGACAUGGAAGAGGAAGAGGAGGAAGAUGGGGAAGAGUCUGGCCUGGAUGGAGAGAAAGCACCAAAAAGGAGAGGACCCAAGAAGAAGAAGAUGACCAAAGCCAGAAUCGAGCGCUUCCGUGCCCGUCGUGUUAAAGCCAAUGCCAGGGAGCGUACUCGCAUGCAUGGACUCAACGACGCCCUGGACAACCUUCGACAAGUCAUGCCCUGUUACUCCAAGACCCAGAAGCUGUCCAAGAUUGAGACCUUGCGGCUGGCCCGCAACUACAUCUGGGCACUGUCUGAGGUUCUGGAGAACGGCCAGUCCCCAGAGAGCCAUGGUUUUAUGGAGAUGCUCUGCAAGGGGCUCUCACAACCCACUAGCAACUUGGUAGCUGGCUGCCUCCAGCUUGGACCUUCAGCCAUGAUGGUUAACAAGAUGGACGAGAAGUGUGGUGGUCCUGGAGCAGGUGGAAUGGGAGCUCAGCAGGGACACUCCCUGAGUUACCCAUCACCUGGCUUGCCCAGUCCUCCCUAUGGUUCUCUGGAGGCCUCACAUCUAAUACACCUGAAGGGCUUCAAAGGGGCUGCCUACGAGAACCACUCGCCCAACGAAUGUAGCAAUGGCACACCACCUUAUGAUGGCCCGCUCACACCACCCCUCAGCAUCAGUGGCAACUUUGCCCUCAAACAAGAGCCGUCACCACACGAGAACGAGAGGAACUUCACCCCACACCCAACACACCCAACACACCCGGCCCACUACCUUUCCUCACACCACUACCCACCUUCUUCCAUGCCUGGACUCCCUGGGCCUCAGGGCCAUGCACUGUUCCCUGGCUCACGGUUUGAGCUUCCUAUAGAGAUGGCCUUCGAGUCAUUCGCCCCCCCACACAUGGUGACCCCACAGAUUGGCACCAUUUACAGUGAAUGAACAAAAGUAUGGCCGCAAUGGACCCUCUGCAGUUCCUCUGCAGGUAUACUCAGACUCUAGGACACAGACUCUUCCUACCACUGUGGCUGAUAUGAUGCAGCAAACCACUAAAAUGGUUCAGCAGAGAUAGAGAUGCAAAAUUUAAUUAAUUUAUUAUUGUUUUUGUCAUCAUGAGUUUGAGUUUUGAUUUAUUCUGGAUUUGUUUUUCUCUCACACGCUUGAUAAAAGACAACGAGAUGUCUGAUAUGUAUUCUGUAAAGACUGUACAGAUCACAAACACACGCACAUUUAGACUUUUCUUCUGCUUAAACGCCUGUUUUGAUGAACACCCUCCAAAAAUGCUGAACAUUAAAGCAAUACAUUUUGCCAUAUGAACAAAAAUGUUUUUAUUUAUAGCUGUAUUUAAUAUUUAUUUUUGACUGCAUGCCUUUAUGGCAUCGGUCAGCAACGGUUUAUCACAUUUUUGGUACACUGCCAGUCACUGUUACCUUUACUCGUUAAGUAUUUAAUUUAUUUAUUGGAAAUGUUUUGGGUUUAUGUAUUUUUUUUGUGUCAUUCUCCACUGUACUUGUCAUUUUGCAACAAAAGUUUUGUAAAUAUUUACCUGUUUCGCACUUAUAAAUAAAUAUUCUUAUAUUAUAUACAAA